UCAUUGAAAGCGCUAUUCAUUCCGGUGGACGGUAUCGGACACGUGAACGCAUGCAUUGGUAUCGCUGAACAGCUAAUAACGGCCGGACAUCGAGGCAAACUCAAACACUACGGUAUCGACAAAAUACUAUACCCGCCACUACAGGGACGUCAAGACGGUAGCAACGCGGCGCUCGACGGGGCAAAUAUGUUGCGAAGUUGUGGUAUUAUUAGUUCAGCCGGGCCACUUGACACCAUGGUGGCCUGGGUGACCAAGUUGGUCCCACACUGCAUACGGGAUUCACGGCUGAUGGACACGAUUGUUGAUAAGGCUAUCGCCGAUUUACAGCCCGAUGUAAUAUUUAUUGAUCAGGUGGUGGCCAUGGCUUCAGUGGAGCGUUCGGGUAUACCCUGGUUGUACGACGAACGCACACCUCCUCCCGGCUUAGUUAACUAA